AUGCUAGUCCUCCAGUUGCUGCUGCUCUUCUGGUUCGGCCUGGGAGUACAAUCAGGCCAAUCUGCACUAUCAAUAUAUGAGUCAAACUGUCAGCUCCGUCCUUGCUAUACACUAAAUCUGGCAUGCGACAAUGAUGGACAACUAAAGCAAUGCUUUAAAGGCGCACGCUUAGUAAAUCCUAAAGAGUUUCAGGAUGAGAUAGACUCAAGCUUCAAUACGCUGCGCGACAAUGCAGCUGGUGGAAAGGUUUACAAAAAUUUACCCAUUGCGGCACGCAUGGGACGCAUGAGCUGGAAUACGGAAUUGGCGCACUUGGCCAAACUGGAUGUGUAUCGUUGUCAAUUGCAGCCCACACCCUGCAUUUCCACACAAACGUCUUAUCGCGCGGGUCGCCUAGCUGAGACGUACGCCCAUCAUUAUGACAACACCAGCUCUGGCCUAGGCGUUGCCAUUCAGAGCAUUAUCAGCGGCUGGACACAGCAUGUGCGGAGCAUAACCCGGUAUGCAACGCUUCACGUGCCCGAUAACUUGGAUGAACACAACAUUUUAUCGACAUCGCUGCUGCUCCUUGAGGAUAAUACACAAUAUGCCUGCGCGGGCUUGCAAUAUGUUCAUGAGUACAAUUUCAUCUUUCUGUUUAGCUGUCUGUUUAAUACGGAUAAUCAGGAGGACCAACGCAUGUACCAAUGGGGCAUAAGACCAGGCGAAAGGUGUCGUCGACGAGAUAAAAGAUAUACAAAUCUAUGCGCAGUUGGUGAAAAUUAUGUUAGACAAAAGAAUCAUCGCAAAGUUCAAGCUGUAAGGCUCAUGCACACUACAUAGCAUUACAAAAUCACAAGAAUAAACAAGAGCGCAUGAGCUUGAGCUACCCUUUAACUAGGACAUCGUUGUCCUCGACAUGCGUGUCUGUAUGGAAAAUGGAAAUGUAGUUAUUUUUCCGAUCGUUUGUGUGUGAUUUAUUUGAAAAUUUUAUGAGCGAUUUGAUGCAUACCAAAUUUGAUAACUCUAGCUUCGUUAGCCUCUGAGUUAUUGUUGCUCUUACAGACAGAUAGACAAACGGACAUGGCUAUAUCAACUCUGCUUGUCUCGCUGAUCAGAAAUAUAGGGUUUAAUGUACUACAAAUGUAUGUCUUUAUUUAACGGAUAUGGAUUAUGUUAAGUAAUAUUAAGUGAUAU